AUUACCUUCCAUGCACACUCGCAAGAUGUCAACGCUGUGCAAUUCCAUGCGGAUGGGCUUACCUUUGGUACGGGAUCUGAUGACGGAACGUGUGCGCUGUUUGAUCGGCGCUCUGCACAUGAGCUUGUUCGAUAUGGAGAUGACGAUGUUGGUGGGAGCAGCAAUCGGAGACGAAGACCUUUGCACAUUGUUACGUCAAUUGCAUUCUCGCAUUCGGGACGCAUUCUGUUUUCAGGAUAUUCAAACCAUAAAUGUAGAGCAUACGACACACUGACAGGUAAACUGCUGUUCGACCUAGUCCAUGAUGGACAGGUUAGUGCAGUCGCCAUGUGCCCCGACGGGACUGCCCUAGCCACAGCCAGCUGGGAUCAGCAGGUAAGGAUAUGGGCCCCAUUUCACCAGCGGCGACAGAGCAUGGGUAAUCAGCAUAGGAAGUAGGGGAUCAGUUCUAUGAGCGCUACCCUCGGUCUCAAGGAGUGCAAAAGUUUGGCGAUUGAUGAAGGGCGGGAGUGCAUGCCUGUCCCGCAUUUCUGCGACCGUCCAAGACUCCAGAAGGGCCGGAGCGCACCCAGUUCCGGCGUUUCUGCUACUUCCGGAGACUCCAAGACGCAGCAGCUCAACGCAAAAAAAAAAUCCCAGGAAAACCGUAUCAAGGUCUUCCCGUGCCAUAUCGGUGGCAUCAUAAGAUGGCGAUCUUGGAGAUGGAUGUCAAGUCUGCUGAUGAGCAAAUGUCGAGCGGCGAGUUAUGGAGAUGUGUCUGAGCCAUUUACUUUGUUGCAUGGGUAUAGCAAGUGCGAGUGUCGAUUGUCGAAUAACAAUAAAUGUGUCGUUGAGUGGGAUGUCGUUGCUUCGUGCUGUACUGCACGAAGCGCUUCCCAUCCCACGGCUGUGUUGCGAAUGCUGGAUAUGCAUGCCAUUUGCGUUGAUGACAACGGCAAACACCACCGCCAGAAAGUUAGUUUGGCUGUGCAGUUGAAAGCAUGCAAAAUUGCAAAUCAUGCAAAUGUUGGAUUAUGUGGAUGGAAAAGGAAAAAGGUCGUCACGAGAAGAACAAGCUAGUUUGGCUGUACGGGCGAUCCGGUGGCAAGCAUAGGAAAGCGAAAGCGCCAAGUCCCGUUCGAACGGUGGCUUAUGGAAUAAUAACGUGGUGGUGGGCAUCAGGCAGCCAGGCUCUUGGGUGUUUCGAUGUGUACUCUUUUGCUUGUCAGAAGUGGGGGGUUAUGGUGUCUUUAUCAAUGGCUCAUAAAAGAAUGUUUCAAAUCAUGCAAAUGUUGGAUUAUGUGGAUGGAAAAGGAAAAGGGUCUUCACGAGAAGAAGCUAUAGUUUGACCGUACGGCCCAUCCGGUGGCGAGCAUAGGAAAGCGAAAGCGCCAGCCACGGUUUGACUGGUGGCUUAUGGAAUAAUAACGUGGUGGCGGGCAUCAGGCAGCCAGGCUCUUGGGUGUUCCGAUGUUUACUCUCUUCUUGUCAGAAGUGGGUUUUUUAUGAUGUCUUUAUCGAUGGCUCGUAAAAGAAUAUGCUUCAAAGCAUGCAAAUGUUGGAUUAUGUGGAGGGAAAAGGAAAAAAGGCCCCAUCCGGUUGCAAGCAUAGGAGAACGAAACCGCCGAAGUAGUACUCUAAUUUUCUUGUCAGAACCGUUUUUUUUUUUUUUUUUUUUUAAUGGGGUCCUUGUCGAAAUGUUGGAUUAUGUGGAGCGAAAAGGAAAAAGGCCCCAUCUGGUUGCGAGCAUAGGAAACUGAAAGCGCCGAAGUACUCUUUUCUUGUCAGAAGGGUUUUUUUUAUGGUGUCUUCAUUGACGGCUUAUAAAAGAUGCUUCAAACUUCAAAGCAUGGAAAUGUAGGAUUGUGGAAAGAAAAGUUUAAAGGCCAUCACGAGA